AUGACCUUAAUUUUGUCAAAGGCUCAUUCAAAACAUAAGCAGCCUCUAACUACCACCUACCCUUCCAGAGCCGAAGAAGACAUAAAGGUUCAGUUGCUGUCUCUGGUGGCAUUUAUCUGUGAAGAAAUUGUAUCACAGUGCACUUUGUGUGGAGGACUUUACUUUUUCGAGUUUGUAAGCAGCAGUGCCUUUCUCCUUUGUCUCCUUAUCCUGAUAGUGUACUGCACUCCAGUGUAUGACAGAGUCGAACCUGUAAAAGUCAAGACCUCGGACUUUUAUAUUACUUUGGUGAUAGCAUGUGUGUUUACUUUGGCAUCCAUCAUUUUCGUUUCCACACAUGACCACACCGCAGCUGAAAUGGCUGCAAUUGUGUUUGGAUUUCUAGCAAGUUUUAUGUUCUUGUUUGACUUCUGCUAUAUGUGGUAUGAAAAACGACAGGAAUCCCAGCUGAGAAAACCACCUGAGGCUACCAAUAGGCAGGAGGCCCUCACCGAACCACUGAAUGCUUAAAGACUCUAGGGAGCAGGUGUUGUGUAACGUGGCGACUGCGUGGUGCCUGAGCCCGGGCAGAAGCACUUGUACUAUCUGUAGAAUUGCGAAACCACUUCUUUUGAAGAGCAAGGGAAGGGCCGGAAGGCAGUUUUAUCAAUAUUGGACAGUGUGUCGGUCACCAAAGUCAGGCGAGAGGGUUUUUUGUUUUUUUAUAACAUUUGAAAUUUGUGUCAAUGAUGUUUCAUUUUUGGAGGGGGGAGUUGUUUCUUUAAAUCACAGCUCAACUGAUGAUAAAUUAUUUGUCUUUGUUACUAGGCUUAGCUUUCAGAUUAUUCUUUAUAGCUAUACGAACUGCAUGAUUAAGUUCAUCCAUUUAGACAUUGUUUCAUUUUUAAGUUAAUUUGCUUAGCUCUGAGUUGUUUUUCGAUGAUUAGAUAAAAUUUAAUGUAUAUUAAAAUUUUUAAAUUCAAAAUGUAAAAUGUUGGUCUAGGUUUCUUCCUUAAAAUAUAAUACCCAGGUUUUACUGUAUCUCCCACAGCCUUAAAAUUCUAUUGUAACAUUUUAAGAUGAUUGUUAUUAACUCUUUUAUAGCCUAAUAGGAAAUGUAUGGGGCAUGUUGGUGUUUUAUAUGUAUAAAAGCAACAUACUGCACUUUGGUUAUUGUUAAUAUUAAGUAAAAAGAAAAAGAUUUGUAUGUAACACAUAGAAAUUGGAAGAAGCUCAUCUCACACCUAAGGACCAGAGAUGAUAAAGGUGUACUUUUCGUGCAAUACAGUGAAGUAAGAGCAGGCCGCAGCCACUUACCGAGUGUCGGGAGAGGCGCUUCCAUCUGGGAGUGAGAAAAUAGUUCAUCCUGUUGGCACGUGGUUGUUUCUGCCGAAAUUGACACAGCUCUGCCGCUCCUCUUUCGUGUUUUCUUUGGAGCUAGUCUUCUUUUUAAAACCCCAGCCUUUGAUUUUUAUCCAUGUGAGAUGCUUGCUUUUGUGUCCUUACCAGAAUGGUCCACACGCUACUUCAUCAUCUGGCAGAGGCGGACCUCUCGCUCUUUCUUGUUGGCAGUUGUCUUCCAGUGGCCCAGGAUCUUGGGCCCUUUUAAUUGCACAGAGUGUUAGCAGGAUCCUUAGGGUUUUUGUUCCCACAGAGGCAUUGCUCUAAUUUCUCUCUGGAGGAGACCUUAAGAAAGUGAAUAUCUAGAGAAUCCUGUCCAGGUUAGUAUUGUUGAUGGUUGUAAGGGAGUAGUCAGACCAUUCUCAAGAGACGUGUCAUAACCAGUUCGGAUAAUUUGGAAGAAUUGUCUGUUGUUGGCAGGCCGUGGCCCCCAGACUAGACCUUUCUUGUCCUCCUAGAUUUUUGACUCAAGACAUUGGUGUUAAGGAGAUAAGCCCAUGCGUCAGGUCCUUCAGGACUUCGGUGGUCUCCCAAGUUAAGUGUGCUAGGUUUUCUAUCUGAAGAAGUGGAAUCAUGUUCCCAGCGAGGCAGUUUAAUGACACCACCCUUUUUUAACUCGUCUGCCUUUUGUGCAUUGUAGAUGGGUUCUCAAAAAUGGGUCCUUACAGCCAGAAACAGCUUCUGCUCUGUCUUAGUGACUCAGGACCUUACCUGUUUGUAUCAGAGUUUGGAUGUUCGUAUUAGUGGUGAUGUCACCGUUACCUGCUCGGGAGAUGAUGAAACCAAUCAUGGCCGCUGCUGUUGCUGGGCGGGUGAUCUAAGAGAGGAGAAGUAGCUUGGAUCUUGGGUUCAAGGGUAAAGAUUGGUUCAGAAAUUACCAGCUUAUGGUCAGUAAGUUCUGGAAUUUCACAUCAAACUACUGUACCACUGCCAUUGUAAAUAUCACCUAGACCCAGUUGGGGUUCACAGCCAGCCAUCUGGACUACCUCAGGGUCCCACCCAUGCAUUGGGUUUAGUGGAGUUUGAUGGCCAUGUCCUCAGCUGGCCUCACACAUGUAGCUGGUUGAAUUUAAGCUCUGGUUGUUCUGAGGUUUCACUUCCAUUUAUUUCCUUGGCGUAGGGCCACUUAAUCUUUGCCUUUGCAGAAAAAUAAUAUAUUUACUGGUAUUUUUGUCAUUAGAACUUCUCUUCACAUUGAUUUUUAUGGGACCUAUGACUGAUUAGCCUCCCUCUUCUACUAUAGAAGAAAUUAGGAGUAAAAAGACCAUUGUGGUAAAUAAAAAGUUCAAGGAGAACUUGUGACCAAAACCACUAUUAUGUUCAGAAAAGGGCAGACUCGGUAAACUCAAAUUUAAAAUAAUUUUUAUUAACAUCUAUGAUAAAUUUAAUUUGUUAUCUUUUAUACAAAUAAACUGUUUAGAAUGGUUUUUAAAACUUACAAGGGAAAUGCACUUAAAAUAUAAAAGUUUUAUAAUUGCUGUACUUAAUUAUAUUCAGUUUGGGGACUGGAAAAUAUAUUUUUACAUUGUUUAUAGCCAAUCAUUUUUGUAUUUAUCGAUUGAAAUCCUGUGGGUCUUUUUUAUCUCUCUCCAUGUCAAAUUUUGUAGCCUUCUUUUUAAAUAAAUCCACCUUACUGUCCAUA